AAGUUCAAAUAAAUGAAUUGUUAUAUGAUACCGAUAAUACAGACAUCUUUUUUUUUAUCGGUCUUCAUUUACAAAUAUCAAUAUAAAUUAUGAAUAUAAGUUUAAUUUAUUUUAUUUAUUUUAAAGGGGAAAUAAAAACGAAUUGUCUUUGAAUGAAAGACAGAGAUACGAUACGUCUAUAAAAACUAAUUUUGAUCCUUGUGGUGGUGGUGGUGGUGGUGUUGGUGGUUGUGACCCUCUUCAGUAGUAGUAGUAGUAGCGGCAGUAGUGGUGGCAGUAGUAGUAGUGGCAGGAGUAGUAGUGGUAGUAACAGCAGUAGUGGUUGUAGCAGCAGUAGUGGCUGUAGCAGCAGUAGUGGUGGUAUCUGUCUUAUGGUGGUGGUGGUGGUGGUGGUGGUGGUGACCCUCUUCGGUAGUAGUAGUAGUAGUAGUAGCAGCAGAAGUAGCGUCAGUAGUAGUAGUGGCAGGAGUAAUAGUGAUAGUAGCAGCAGUAGUGGUAGUAGCAGCAGUAGUGGUGGUAUCUGUCUUGUGGUGAUGAUGACCCUUAUGAGUAGUAGCAGUGGUAGUAGCAGCAGUAGUGGUAGAAGUGGCAACAUCUUGUUGUUUAUUGUGUCCCUUCAUAUUGUUAAUAUUAAUAUCUUUAUCAUGACUCAUCUUAUGGUCCUUCUUAUGGCUCUUCUUAUGGUCCUUCUUAUGGCUCAUCUUAUGGCUCAUCUUAUGGCUCACCUUAUGGCUCUUCUUAUGUCCCUUCUUAUGGUCCUUCUUAUGGUCUUUCUUAUGUCCCUUCUUAUGGUCCUUCUUAUGGUCCUUAUCAUCGACAUUAUCAUCGUUCUGCUUAUCUUGCUUCUUAAGCUCAUCAUCAUAAGAUCUCUUCUUGUGACAUUUCUUCUUGUGAACUGCCUUUGUAGUAGUAGUAGUCUUCUUCUUGUGAACUGCCUUGGUAGUGGUAGUCUUCUUCUUGUGAGCAGCACCCUUCUUCUUGUGAGCUGUCUUCAUAGCAGCACUCUUCUUCUUGUGAGCUGUAUUAUCAUCGUCGUCAUCAUCUUCAUUCUUCUUCUUCUUGUGAGAUUUCUCCUUAUGAUGCUUCUUGUGAGCUUUACCCUCGUUAUCAUCAUCGCUACCAUCAUCAUCGUUAUCAUCAUCGUCAUCAUCGUUAUCAUCAUCAUCAUCAUCAUCGUCAUCAUCGUUAUCAUCAUCAUCAUCAUCCUUCUUCUUCUUGUGAGAUUUAUUCUUAUGAUGCUUCUUCUUCUUGUCAGCUUUAUCCUCGUCAUCAUCAUCCUUCUUGCUUCUCUUUUCAAGAAGGCUAGCAUCUUCUAAAUCAUGGCUAUUUCCCUUGGAACCCACGAACUUGAAACAUUUUAUACAAUUAGAAUAUGACAUGUGUACAAUAUCUUAAAUUUCAUCACCUACCUUGACACAAAUUGAUUCCCCGGGUUGAAUAUUUUCGCAAUCAAAUUGAGGAUUUAAGUCUUUAUUCCAUCCUUCAAUGCUGUUUUGGGAAACACCAACUUUAGAAGCAAUUGAAUUACAGGUGUCACCAUCAGUGGCUAAAAUAAUAA